AUGGAUCUCUCAGCGGCGUUUGACUUGGCAAGGUGGGAACACGUCAAGACCGCCCUGGACUUGGCGGGCACUCCACUACAUCUACAAGACAUCCUCCUUCCGUGGCUCACUCAGGUCAAGUACAUCUUUCAUCAUCGGGACUGCUCGGGCAAGAUCCACCCCAAAUGGGGACUCAGGCAAGGCUGCACAGCCUCACCCAUUCUGUGGUCGGCGUUUACAGCGCUUCUUUGUGUAACAUUAGAGGACAGAUUAGGUGAGAACUGGACCAGACAGCAUGCCACCCUGUAUGCAGACGACAGUCACCUUCGGUGGAAAUUUCUGUCGUACGCUCAGUUUGAGCGCACCAUGCAGGAAGUGAAGAUAGCUUUCAACGUCUUCAGGUCCUUCCAUAUGAAACUCAACGUCGAGAAGACCAAGGCCAUAAUCAAAGUGGUCGGCACGAUGAGGUCUAAAAUACACAAAGAGCACAUUCGGAAGAUCAACAGUACCAACACCGAGGAUGCGGAGACAGACAAACAGCGGCUUCUUCUAUCCCCCCGGGAUCCCACCAACUGGUUGCCGUUGGUCACCCAGACAGAGUACUUAGGACUCGUGAUCUCCUACGGGCCUUUUGAGCUACAGUCCUUGCGGCAUCGCGUCGCCAAGGCCAACAAUCGACGAUGGGCCAUGGCCUCAAUCCUACAUUCCAGGAAACUUGGGGUGGGCUACAAACUUUGCUUCUGGAAAAGCUGUGUGUUGAGCAUCUUGACAUAUGGUCUGCGCUGUUGUGGUCUUACGGGGGACAACGUGCAGGAAGCUCAACGAGCCAUGAUGCGACAUGUACGGGCGAUUGUUUCGAAUCAGGCGCAUCUCACUGGAGACACUCAUGACUAUAUCAUGAAUAAGUACGGAAUUCAGUGUCUCAUAGAUCAACUUCGAGCUGCUCACGACAGAGAACGACAAGCGGCAGCCCUACAGAACGACUGGAUGUGGAGUGAGGACUGGAGUCAAUAUGUUCGUGACAGUCUGGAACAGGUCUUGGAGCCAACACAGAAGGAGGUGGAGCACGACAUUUGGUCGUGCCCCAAAUGUGAGGCCACGUUCGGUACGGCAGCGGCCCUGAAAACGCAUGCUCGUCGUGCACAUGACAUCAAAGAUGAGCGCCCAGUAGUCUUCAAUAAGGCUGAGCAUGCAUUGGGGGGCCUGCCUACAUGCAGUAAGUGCCACAAAAAGUUCUCCAAGUGGCAGACUUUGGCCCAGCACAUCAAUCAGAACAGCUGUCCGCAGAUGAUUGUACAGCCGAUGCCGGUGCAGGAAGCUGAUGCACACAUGAACAUGCCUGCGACAAACCUCUCAAAUGCUACAACUCAAGUGCUGUGUCAGCGCACGGAGGUGGUUCGAGCUUCACAGAAGGGCAUCAAUGCCUUUAUACAGCUAUCCGACAUCAGACCACUAAUGCGACAGAACUGUGUGCUCUGUGGCCAGUGGUGUACUUCACACCGUACGGUUAAGAGACACUACCAGUACUCACAUCCAGACAUUCUACAGGUGUUCGGGAACAAAAUCAAAACCUUAGUGGAGAACGGCCACAGCCAGUCCUACUUGCCACUACUGAUGCUAGCAGAUCCGGACCUCAACGAGUUCUUCGGCGAAGUCUCUCAGGAACAGUCUCUCAAACGUCGCAGGCCGGCAGAGGACAGCAAGGGGCAGGGCAAGGGCCAGGCUCAGAAGAACAAGGGGGGCAAAAACGACGAAUUGGUGACUACUUUAGCCAGACUGGCGCUGCGACAGGAGGAAGAACUGCAGGUUCUCAAACAAGAUCACUCGUUCAUGAUGUUCAUGAAACCAGGUUUACAGCCGGCCCGUCAAGUACUGGCACUGGCUCUCUUUCGGGAGCUUGCCAGCCGUCUCGAGCUGUUGGGAAAGGAAGACAAGGACCGCAAGCCGCUCACCACAGCCGAGGUGAAGCACUCCCUCGAGAAGCUCUACGCAGCAGUCAAAACAGGAGUAGUAACUCGCUUCAGCUGCGCACGGAAACUCACGGAGACCAUGGAGAACCAGGCCAGCUUUUACUUCGAUCUUUCUGGCAGAGGAGCGGGGAUCGAGGCAUGGGAGCACAUGGAGAAGCUCGAGGGAUGCUGCGUCCUGCAGCUGGUGGGGCUUGCAUACAAGCGGGCGGGUCUGAGGCGGGGCCCACUGGCUCAGAAGCUGAGGGAACUCCUCGGCCAGCGCUGA